AUAAUUUCAACUCAAACCCUUUGAUUUAUAGUGCAUUAUUCGUUGAAUAAUUCAAAGCAGAUUUUGGCGUUGCUGUGUUUACUUUAUCCCACUUCAAUUUUAUUGGAGGACUGGACCGCUCUGAAGUGAUAUUCGGCUAAUUUCGCAAUGACGCCGUGUUGCACAUAGCGCGUUAGGUAUAUUAUUGUGUGGCGAGGGCAGGCCUCUCUCUGUAUUCACAACAGUUCUUAAGAAAAUUAAUCGUUCAAGCCCAAAGAUGGAAGACAUUACCGAGGAAGAAUUACGGAGGGAAAUAACAGAGAUCCUGAAAAACGCGAGUCUCGCCAACACCUCAACUAAGAAGGUCAUUCAGAAGCUGGAGAAGAAGCUCGGAUUAGACCUCUCCGAAAAGAAGAAGUUAAUUGACCAGCUGGUCAUGGACUAUGUGAACGAGUUGGACUCGGAGUCUGAUGAGGCCGAGGAAGAAGAGGAGGUGGUAGUCAACAAGAAGAAGAAGAAGCCAGCUGAUGACGAGGAGGAAGAGGAGAGGGAUGAUAGCAAUGACAGCGACUGGGGGUCCGGUAAAAAGAAGAAGGUGGAGGAAAAGAAAAAGAAGGCUACACCAAAAGCUAAAAAGGGCGGCGGCGUAACAAAACGCGGAAAAGGUAGCGGCUACACUCGCGCGUACAAACUCUCACCCGCCUUAGCCGAGCUCAUGGGAGAGACCGAGCUGCCGCGACACGAGGUGGUCAAGAGGGUGUGGGCCAUCAUCAAGGAGAAACAACUCUUCGACCCCAACAACAGACAGUUCGCGAUCUGCGACAAGGCACUCUUCAAAGUCAUCGGAACACAGAGGUUUCACACCUUCGGAAUGAUGAAGUAUCUCAAAAAUCACUUCAUUGACUAAUUUACGUAGGAUAAGUUCUGUCUAAGUCAGUAUUUUAUGAUGUCUUCGCAUUUACAGUUAGCUUUUAGCUAUAGGACCCCGUAUUAUGAUAUUUUAAAACGAAAUGAGUUUUAUGAGAUGCAGCUGUACCAACAAAUAACUUUCUCUCUUUCACGUGGCUGUGAAGGGUAAGUUAAUAUGGGCUAAAAGCUUUUUAUAGAUUCGAAUAAAUCGUGUUUUUAAUAUUUGAACAGCUAUUUCGUUCUAUACAAUUCUUCUUUACUAUAUGCAGUAGUUAACCAUAGAUAUAGUUCCAGUCUUUAUUAUAAUAUAUAAAUGUAGAAUGUGUGCUUUAUUCUUCAACGAAUUUUCACUACUCAACGUGUUACGCGUAACAUGUUACAGCAACAUACAAUUUCCGUGCAACAUUAAAGGUUGAUGCAAAUAUGACAACUUUGUAUCACGAAAGCCUUCAUUAACUCAUGAUCUGUCUAGAGCGUUGGCACGAGCGUUAACACCAUUGAAUUGCUUCAAUUUAUUUAACUAAAAAUCAGUCGCUAAAGCUCGUCUUUUAUCAAACAUAGAUUGUAUUGUAACAUGUUGCACAACAGUUGUUGCGUAGUGAAUACAUAAUUAAUGAUUAAAACAGUAACGUUUUGUUUUGCAAUGGUACAAGAAAACGAGAGUUCAUUUAAUUUGCCACUUAGACGAUAAGUUUUUGGCUAAAAAAUUAUAAAAUUAAUUAGAUUUGAUCUAAGUUUAAUAUUUUGCAUUUUAUAAUGCAUUUAUUGUUUUAAAAGAUUAUUUAAGUAUGAUCUAAAUGAACUCACUUUUAUAUUUGCUCAAUACUUUCUUUUUGGAUGGGUAAAUUAUUAAAUUUCUGUUUUAUUUUAAUAGACUAACCCCCAUGUUGGCUUUACGUAAAAAAUUAUGAUACAAUUAAAAAAAUGAUGUAUUUUUUAGAAAAAAAAAAUCUAAUUGACGAUGAGUGAUGAAUCUAUUUGGACGAAGAAAAACACUAUUUUAAUACUUUAUCUUAAGUAUUAAAAUAAUUAUAAACGGGGGUUUUUAACUGUAGGUAUAUACUUUAUAGGGUAUAGUUUUAAAAUCAUCCACAUUUACAUUUACCAUAAUUAUAAUUAUCAUCCUAUUAUAAUAAUCCAUUUCAGUCAAUAUUUGUACGCAUUGAUAUUGUAAAUUAUUUCAGGUCUAGCAGCACUAACGUUAGCAUAACAUUCAUUGAAAAUCGAUCAAUAUCAUUAUUUCAAUAAAAACCGGUCAAUCGCGAGUCGAACUUACGACGCUGAAGGGUCCGUACAAAUAAGUAACAACCUUAGUUGUGAUAGCGGCAUCAAAAAUACAUCAGCUGUGAUAAUUUUAAUCGUCUAGCUAUCACGGUUUAUGAGAUACAGCCUAGUGACAUACUACCUCACAGCUGACCCUUAGUAACAGGGAUCCGUUUUUACCCUUCAGAUACUUACUCCUAAAAAAACACCGUACAAAUGGAUUUCAUAUUCAAAAUCAAAAAGUUUUUAUUUCAAAUAGGCCGUUUCUCAGGCACUUUUAAAACGUUACAUUACUGACUCUAGUUGCACGGUUCCAAAGUGUCAUUCUUAUGAAGAAGAACCGGUAAGAAACUACAUAAACAUAUUGCAUAUUAACAUAUUGAAACGAAAAAUCUCUCAUUAAUACCAUAGAUUCCGAUUCAAGGCAAUUUUAGCCUCCAAUCACAUUGGUUGCUGUCCUAAAUAGGUUGUGAAGUUAAAAUAGGUGAACAUUAAAAUCCGAUUGCAUUAUUGAAUUACAUAACUAACGUGGACCUGAAGUAAUCUAGGAUAAGUCUUGCCAAUAUAACAUAGAUGAAAGUAGUUUAGAUGUGCAUUCAUUAUAAUAAACAUAUCGUAAAAUCUUCAACAAUAUUCUUACAAAAUUACAAGUGGUAUAACCUCUUAAACAUCCAGAAAACUAUGAGAAUUGCAAGCAAAAAUCAUCCUUAUUGACUAUUAAAUGGGAAUUUGAACUUUACUCCCAUAAAAAUACCACUUAUAAUUCUGUUUAUACCAAAAUCCAAGUAGUUGUGUUAGUUCGUCUCUAGAGGCAGCUGACUGUCUUAUAUUUAAGCUCAUAAUUGUAAAUAAAGUCGAUUAGCGAUGUUAUUGGUGUAUUGUUUUCGUUACUUUAUCUGCGAUUUUGAACCUUAUUUUCAAACGAAAGUAUAUUUUCUACGUAUAAACGAAAGGACAUCUACGUAAGAUACUUCUGUACUGAUAAUAUUGUAUAAUACUUAUUAUCUUGCUCAUUUGAAAAUAUGAAAAAUACUCGGUUAAAUGUCAAUAAUAAGUAUUGCAUUCUACAGUGAAUUCCGUGUCUAUGAUAGUAUGAUUCCACCUUUAUUGAGUGUCAUUCAAGUGAGCAUAGACCCUUAUUAUUAAGUAACAUUUGAUUCAUCCAAAAUUUCUGAUACACUUUUAGAUUUAUGUCCAGUCCAUUAUUCCAAACAUUAAUGAACUAUGUAAUACACUACGCGAUACUGGCAGUAAUUGUUGCACAAGACAGCAAAUUGCGAAAAACUAAAAAAAAAAACAUGUAAUAUCCCAAAAAUGUUCUUGAGAAACCGAAUAAUGUUCCGAAUUGUGGAGGACCUUAAACUAGUUUAAACAGAGAUGUGUCAAAAUCAAAAAGCUUUUAAGAUGGCUGCUUUUCUGACUCUAGGUGCAGGUAAAAACCUUGCAAAUAAAUCGCAGAUAAAGAAAACAUUACACUGAUAAUUAAUUCUUCGUACCUAUUUGUAAGUCUGCUCUCGACUAAGUCUACUGAUAGACGAUCUAAGUCCAAUUAUAACUAGACUGAGGUAAUUGUCGAGAAACUGAAUAGAAUUAAAUAUUUGAAAAUA